AUGAGCUCGUUCACGCCAAAGAGGAAAGCUCGUGUGAUCAAAGUCCACGACGAAGAGGAUGAUGAUGCGUCAAAAAGCUCGCCGGAGCCGGUGAAGGAUGGUGAGUCUGCAGUCCCCGUCCAGAGACGAUGCGCUGAUGCCGUUCGCAAGGCUAAUGGGGUGGCAGACGGUGCGCCGAUAGCAGUAAAAUUCACGCGAAAGCCAUUCCGACAGAGCGGCCUACGAAAGAGCAUCAACGUCAGCGAGGUCGAGGACUCCAAUGGCGGUGCUGCGAUCAGCGACUCGGGCAAGUCCAAGGGCUCCACGCAACAGGACGACGACGAAGAUGACGGUCCCGUGGUGAUCCGUCCAACGGUCAGCCGUUCCGGGUCUUUGAAGCAGAAGAAGCGCCAGUCUUCGUCGAGACUGUCGUUUGGUGGUGCCCAGGGCGGCGGUGACGAUGGGGAAAAGACCGAGUACACCACGCCCAAGAAGGCCACCCUGGGAUACACAGCUUUGGAGAACAGCGCGAUCAAGAACCGUCUGCCGAUGCGCACCUUCCGCGACGAGGAAGAAGACCGGCCGAGGUACAGUAAGGAAUACCUGGACGAGCUACAAAACUCGACGCCCAACACGCCGCAGAACCUUGCAUCGCAGCGCGUGCACGACGAGGACGAGAUGGACCUGGAUGCAUCCGAACUCGAAGGGGCACUGAUUGUCAACUCGGACGAACUUGGCUCGCGGCCUCAGCAGACGAACAUCCUUACCGACGCGGAGAUUCAAGAGCGCAAAGAGCGCAGAGCACGAUUAGCACAGGAGCAGUCUGGCGACGACUUCAUUUCUUUCGACGAUGAUGAGGGCGGUGCCUCGCUGCGCAAGAAGAAGGCUGACACUCGGCUUGUGCCUGAGGAUGAGGAUCUUGGUGAAGGGUUCGACGACUUUGUCGAGGACGGUGGGCUCUCACUAGGUAGAAAGGCCGAGAGGGAAGAGAAGCUCCGCCGGCGGCGCGAGAUGGCAGAGCAGAUCAAGAUGGCCGAGGGCGAUUCUGGUGAUGAAUCGGACGCUUCGGAGGCGGAGCGGCGUGCGGCGUUCGAAGCAGCGCAGACGCGCUCCGGUAUGGAUGGUUUGGAGAAGCCUCAGACCAACCCGGCCGAGCACCUUCUCCAGGUACCACCUAAAAUCACGCCGUUGCCGGACCUGUCAGAGUGCCUGUCGAGGUUACAGAUGACGAUGCGGGCCAUGGAGCUGGAGUUGGCGGACAAGACGAAGCGGGUGGAGGGACUGAAACAGGAGAAGGAAAGCAUCCUGACCAGAAAGGAUGAGGUGCAGGAGCUUCUCAACGAGGCUGGACAGAAGUAUACCAGCGCGGUCGGCACAUCAUCAGCCGCAGAAUCUGCUGCACAGUCUCCGGCAAGACAGAUCACGAACACUGGCGCCAGUGAAUUAAGGGUGGAGAGGGGGCUGGAGAGCCUUGGAACGACACCAAGUGAGCGCCCGGAUCCAGAUGACCUGGGUUAG